GGCAGCGCCUGAUAAAUGGACUCGGCUUCUUCCUGCUUUGGAGAAACGAGAAGCUUCUGGAGGAAAGAAAACGUCUCCAAUGGCGGACUGGAAGCAGAAAUGCGAUUCAGAGUGGCAGCUGGAUGCUAACGGAGUUCCUUUACCGGACAACGUGGACUGGAAAAGCGUGUACGAGAAGAAACCGCUGGAACGGAAUUUACUGAAGAACCCGUCGCCUCACGGUUUGACUCAUGACAAGCCGCCGCCCGAACGUGAGGUCACAGGAGAACGUCCGGACCCUGACCAGCUACCGCAGUUCGGACCAACUGGUGAUUUCUCAGGUUGGAGCACCAGUACAGAGAGGUUGCCGGUGGACACCAGCGGUAUUCCUCCGGGUGUCGUGGUCUGCUAUAUGCCAGACUUCAGCUGGUUCUCCUUGGAGCAGCAAGUCGAUCUGAAGGCUGAAGGACUGUGGGAUGAACUACUUGACAAAUUCCAGCCGGACAUAGCCAUCGAGGACUGGUAUGAGGAGAGUCAACUCCAUGCCUCUAUCUAUGAGCUUCAUGUGAAACUCCUAGCUGCUGAUGGACAGACAGUGAUUAAGGAACACACAUGCAGUCCCACAGAGGACCUGGAGAUCUACUCUCACAACUGGAAACAGGUGUCCCACGUGUUCUCGGGCUACGGGCCUGGCGUGAGAUACGUUCACUUCCGGCACAAAGUGAAAACCAAGUUCAUGGUGGAAUUCUUCGGCACCAUGGUCACCGGUAGCUCCGUUGUCGUCAAGGCAACCAAAUCCAGCCCAUAAUACUAUACAGCAGCUGGAGGUCUACUGUAUGCUUUUGUCUGUAGGAAAGUGAUGAUGCAGCAGUGAGAAAUGGCGCGAAUGCAACAGACCUGCCUCUUCUGUAACACUGAGGUUCAGCUCAUCUUUUAAAAAUGGAUUGCACACUUCAAUAAACCAAAGCGUUUCUCAACACCAAA